CUCGAGCUGCACGGUCACAGCACACCGCGCCAAUGCCAGCCGGGCCAGGUCAUGCAGCGUCGGCAAGGACCUUGCACUGAUUUGACCAAGUUCAAGUAGCCAUUAGUCGCACAGUAAUCUUUUACUGUUUGUAAGUGCUGUAAAAACCCUUUGCGCAUCAGUGGCCUGAGCCAUUCCACAAAAGUUGGAACCCAAUGCACGUCGCAUAGUGCAAAGCGCGCAAUGCCGCGUCCACAACACGCAUAUCUUCGCUACUUAGAGUUAUGCGCUCGGCAGCAGCCGCGGCUUCGGCCGCCCGCUGCUUCCCGAGGCACGCUCGCGGAGGCAACCCUAGAGGACCUACCGGCACUCAUGCCCUACUCGCACCCAAUCGGCGGCUACCGCGGCAGGAGCUUUGAAAGCCGGCUGCUGCAGCUGCGAUACGUCAAGGAACUGGAGCUUGAUCCAGGAGCCGGUGCAGGGCAAGGGGCGGCAAUCAGCGCCGCGAGCACUGGCAGCGGCGAGGCAAGCGCAGCCGGCGGUGAUAGCGCGAGCGCCCCUGCCGCUGUCCCUGCCCCUGCCCCUGCCCCUGCCGCUGCUGCUGCCCCUACCGCUGCUGCUGCCCAUGAAGGCGUCAACAGCGCCUCACCCACGCACCGCCACCACCACCACAAACACCACCAGCCGCAGCCGCACCCAAACAAGCCGCCUCCAAAGUCACCUCCUUCCUCUCCUGCCCCUUCCUCUUCAGCAGCAGCAGCAGCCCCCGCGCCCCGGCCGCACUCCUACAUGGAGGUCACCUACCCCUUCGCCUCGCAGCCGUGGCUGUGGGCCCAGUACCACCGCCCCGGGUACCCAGGCCUGGACCCAGCCCUGAUGCUUGAGGAUUUCGACCCCUUCGCUGCGGAUGUGGCCGCCCGCCACGUGGGCCACGUGCCGGACUCCAUGCUGGUCACCGCCGUUAUGGAGCGACUCACAUGGCACCUGCACCCACAACACCACCACCACCACAUGCAGCAGCGGCAGCAGCAGCAGAAGCAGGAGGAGCAGGAGCAGUCCGGAAGGGCAGGGGAAUGGGCGGGAGCGGCGGGUGCAUAUGGCGGGAGAGGGAGCGGGAGAGGAGCGGGAGGGGGAGGGGGAGGCGGCGGCUCUUGGCGGCUGCCGCCGGUGGCGCCCACUGACAUGCGGCUGUCGGGCCAGGUGACGUGGGUGGGCCGCAGCAGUGCCGAGGUACUGCUGCAGCUCACCGCCCUGCCGCCGCCGCCGCCGCCGCCCCACACCGGGCCCGGCGCCUCGUCUGUGCUACAGCCGGGGCAGCAGCAGCAGCAGCAGCAGCAGCAGCAGGUGGUGCUACAGCCGGGGCAGCUGGUGGCCUCGGCCGAGUUCGUGAUGGCGCUGCGGGACUCCUCGCUGCGGCGGGCGGUGGAGAUGCCACCUCUGCACGUGGGGGGUGGCGGCAGCAGCAGCAGCGGCAGCAGUGGCAGCGACUCCAGUGACAGCAGCGGCAGUAGCAGUAGCAUUAGCAGUAGCAGCACGGACGAGCUGGAGCGGGAGUUGUUCCGGCGCGGCCGGGAGCACCACCGCCAGCGCCAGGCGCGGCGGGAGCGGGACCGCGCGCCCGCCACGUCGGCGGCAGCAGCGCAGCUGCUGGCGGCUGCUGCUGCUACUGCCGGCGCCGGCGGCGCCGCCAGCUCCAAGGCUACUGCCGCGGCUGCAGCCGCGGCUACUGCCACAGACGGCGAGGGGCCGCCGGCACUGCUGUCACGGCUGGUGCACCUAAGCGUGGGGCAGUCGGAGCAGGGCCGCGCGGCCGCCGCCGCACUAGCGGCGGCCGCCGCCCAGGCUGCGGCCACAGGCGCCGGCCCCUUAGCGCCGGAGCCUGUUGGUGAUGGCGGUGCCGGUGGCGAUGCGGGCGGUGCGGAGUCCGGCAGUGCGCCGGUGCCGCCGGGAUUAGGGCGGCACAGCCGCCGCGGCGGGCUCGGUCACAAGGCCGCGGGGGCAGAGUCAGCGGCGGCGGCGGCGGCGGCGGCGGCGGGUGUGGUGGUGCCGGUGCGGGCGACGGAGCUUCACCGCACGCUGGUGGCGGAGUGGCAGGACCGCAACACCAGCGGCACCGUCUUUGGAGGCCACCUGCUGAGGCUGGCGUACGAGCACGCCGCCGCCACCGCCGCCGCCUUUGCGGGCGGCCCCUGUGCGCUGGUGGCGCUGGACGAGGCGGUCAUCAGCUCGCCGGCCCGGGUGGGGGAGCUGCUGCACGCCGUGGGGCGGGUGGUGUGGGUGGAGAAGGAGGAGCCGGCGGCAGAGGGAACUGAGGGAGAGGAGGAGGAGGUGGCGGCGGCGGUGGGGCCGGCGGGGAGAGGGGCUUGGGGAGGGACAGGUACAGGGAGAGGGAGCAGGCGGGAAGGGGUGGAGGAGGUGGAGGUGGAGGUGGAGGCAGGGGCGGGGGCGCCGGGGCCCGGUCGGGCUGUUCGUGUGGUUGUGCGUGUGGGGCGCUACGGCGUGUCCGCUCCCUCGCAGCACGCACUGGCGCUGUCCCUGGCCGCCACCUUCCUGGCGCAGACACACGCGGAGGAGGCGGCAGCGGAGGAGGCGGAGGAGGAGGCAGAGGCGGAGGCGGAGGAGGCAGAGGCGGAGGCGAGGGUGGGGGUGGCGGAGGCGGUGGGGGCGGCGGCUGGGCAGGGGCAGGGGCAGGAGCAGAGGCAGGGCGGGGAGGGGCUGGGAGGGCGGGGAGCAGCAGUGCCGCUGCCGCGGGUGCUGCCGACCACGUUGACGGAGGCGGCGGAGGCGCUGGCGGCGCAGCGGCGGCAUGACGCACUGGUGGCGGCACUGGCGGCGGCGGAAGUGGGGGAGGUGGGUGAAGCAGGGGAGGCGGAGCGGCCCGGGCAGGGACAGGAGGGAGGGGUCGCGGGGGGAGGAGUGGGAGGCGGCGUCGCCGGCGUUGGGCGGGCGGCGGCGGCGGGUUAGUUUCACUUGUGAGGUGCGGAUGUGUGCUGUUGUAGUGUGCGAUGGGACAAGGUUAAUGCAGGUUGGCGAAUUCCCGUGGGGCACAGAUUCCCAGACCCCAGCAGACGACAAACAAUUUGCAACUGCAGUGCAAUACGCGCUAACGCGCGGCUGGUCGAACGCCGGAGUUAC